AAAAUAUCACAGUAAUGAGUUCAGAAUUCCAGACAGACAGAGACUUUGUAGCUGCCGGAUCAACCUACUUUGGAUUUGGAAUAACCACCGCUUUCUUGAGCGCACUCGUAAUAAUCGGCGCUUCUGUCCAGCUCAGGAAUCAUGGUCACAGACACCUCUACAUCCCCACCAUUGCAGCCGGCGCUUGCUACUUCAUCAAUGGAUGUCUCGCAGCAGCCGUCGGCCGAAUAAUUACUACCACAGUCAACGACGAAAUUCCGUGGACCUUUCAAGAUCUAACCACCCGAGAACUCUUACGUGAUUUUUUCAGUGAUGCUUUUGCACCGAUUUCCUGGUUGAUCGUAUUUGAAACAUACCGUCUGAUCGUAAAGCCAUUCAGCACAGAUUCACCUGUAUUAGCAAACGACAACAAUAACAGUGCAAAAAAACGACCUCUCUGGAGUGUGAUCAAUACCUAUUUUGGAUACUUGUGGAUUGUCAUGCUACUCAUCUGCGAAAUUGUGGCCCUGGUGAGCUUGUCCCAGCUCCCUGCUGGAUCUCCUGAAACACGCGUGUAUCAGCAACUCGUCACAUCAGCAAAACUGUUCCUGUUCACUUCUUUUGGUCUGUGGGUACUUCCAGUGCUUUCAAUCAUCCAGGCAAAGAUUUCGUCACGCCACAUCCGUCCGUUUAUUUCAUCGUUUCUCAGCUACCAAUUCUUCUUAUUUCUUGUCAUCAUUGGCCGCACUAUCAAAAUGCUCAGUCUGGCAACUUUUCAACAGACCUAUCGAACAGUCGAGUUUGCAUUUGUCGAUAUGUUUGGUCUACUUGGUCUCUCUUUUGUGAUCAUGUUUGGCCACACCUGGACAAAACCGCCGAGUCCGAAUGUAAAAUUGGUGUGA